AUGGAGCCCAAGGAUGUUUCGGAUGAGAUAUCCGAGGUACUACACGCGGCCGACGACAAGGCAGUCGAUUCGCCGGGGAUCAAGAUCCUGAGAGUGGCGCCAAGCUUGAACAUCGUAGGAAACAUGUCCAAAGACAAGGAUUCUAAAGACAUGACAUUUGAAGACGAGAAGCACAACAGCAAGGCUCCCAGAAAUAUCCGACGAAAGGAGCUACAGGCGAUGAGGAAUCCGCUGCCAACGCCUCCUCAUGUGCCCGUCGCUUCAAAAGAUUUGGCCAGGUACGGCGGCACGCCAGUCAUGAGAGCGUAG